CAGUUCAGAACACCCUGUCAGCUAAUCAUUAUGGGGUUUAUCAUUCUUUUAGCCCAUCAAGACAAGACUUAAGCGGUUUUGCCAGAAUAAGUGGACUAUCUCAAGCAGAAUUUCAACCGUAGAAUCGUUUUUGGAAGAAAAAAAGUCGGCCUAGCAUUGCACCAUGUCAAAAGAUAUUAGUCAAGACAGAAGUAACGCGAGUUCAACAAGUGAACAAGACGAGACGUUCAAGUGGCUGCAGGGUCUGUGGGCCAAUAGCAAGACAGUAUCCGGGGAGCAGGAGUACUAUGAGAGAAGUGCCUCUGAGUAUGAACAGAUCCAUCAGACACUCCAGUGGAGGGCACCCGAAUUGUGCAUGAAGGCCAUUGCAGACUACGAGGAGAAGAGUGGGGUUAAACUUGAUCAAAAGGGGCGCUGUCUUGACAUCGGAGCCGGAACUGGACUAAGUGGAGAAGCCCUGAGACGCGCUGGAUUUACGGGUCAAGUUGAUGCUCUUGAACCAGUAGAAGGAAUGUUCGCCCAGGCCAAAAAGAAGAACAUAUACACAGAGUGGUUCCAAGAGUUUCUAGAUGAUAAAAAGGAAAGCAAAAUUCCGAGUGCAACAUAUGACCUGGCCGUUUCAGUGGGCGUGUUCAACGACCGAUCUGCUAAAAGUUCUUGUCUGACUGAAGUGAUGCGGAUGAUCAAACCAGGGGGAUAUCUGGCCGCCAUCCUUAGAGAGGCCCAUUGGAAGGGGGACUUCGAAGAUGAGAUCAAACGACUCGAAGAUGAACGAAUACUCAGUUUAAAACACGUUGACCGCUCAGAUGUUUACUAUGAUAAUGUAUCGUCGAUGGCUUUCAUUUUACAGAAAAAUUAACUUACUUGGAGAAAAAAAAAUACUUUGUUUAUGAAAUAUUUUUGCUUGUUAAGUUUCUGAAGAUUCACAUUU